AGAGAAAAGCUUCCCGAGGAAGAAGAUGAACAACGAAUACGAUUAUCUCUUCAAGAUAUUGAUCAUAGGAGAUUCUUCCGUCGGAAAAUCAUGUCUUCUUCUCAGAUUUUCUGAUGAUGCAUACGUCGAAAGUUAUAUUAGCACCAUUGGUGUUGACUUCAAAAUCAGUACAGUUGAGCUGGAUGGGAAGACGAUCAAACUGCAAAUUUGGGACACUGCUGGACAGGAGAGGUUUCGAACUAUAACUAGUAGUUACUAUCGAGGAGCUCAUGGAAUUAUUAUUGUCUAUGAUGUGACAGAGAUGGAGAGCUUCAACAAUGUGAAUCAAUGGGUGGAUGAAAUUGGUAAAUAUGCAAAUGAUGAUGUGUGUAAACUUCUAGUAGGAAACAAAUGUGAUAUGGUGGAGACCAAGGUUGUUGAAACACAAACAGCAAAGGCUUUUGCUGAUGAUCUUGGGAUUCCUUUCCUUGAAACAAGUGCAAAAGUUUCAGUUAAUGUAGAGGAAGUUUUCUUGGCAAUGGUGGGAGAAAUUAAGAACAAAAUGGGUAACCUAACAAACGGUGCCAAGAAUGUAAAUCCCGUCGAAAUGAAGGGUCGGCCGAUUGAGAAUCAGAAGAGCCGCUGCUGCGGCUGAAAAUCAAUUUCGAGGUUUUAUAUAUAUAUUUUGUUUACUAUGGUUUGAUGUGAUUGAAAUUUUUGAAAUACCUAGAUUAUAAACAAAGAUGGAACAGAUUAGCUGAUUGAAUCAACUUGUGUUAUUUUGUGUGUAGAAAAUACAAAACAUAGGUUAUAUAUUUC